CAAAUUAAAACACUUUGCGUCGAACAUUUGAAGUUAAUUUUGGGACUCCCAAAAAGGACAAAAAGCAAGUAACUAAUCUCCUAACUAAAACGGCAGCUAUCAAUAUAAUAAAAAACAGAUAUAUUACUUUAAGAAAUGGCUGGAAAUGUAGAGCUUUUUAUUUUAGUAGUGGGUUUGGUGCUUUAUUUCUCGAUGAACGAAAAAUCCUCCACGAAAUCGUCAAUUGCAAUGGAUGACCACAAGGAGAGUGAAAUCUCGGAUAACAUUAAAGACCACAAUCCAUCUAAUAGCCAAGAGUACGUGGACGCGCCACUUGGCACAGCUGAUGAAAAUACAGGCAGAGAAAUGGAAAAUAAUUAUCAAUCACAGAUCGAGGGAUUGUAUAAAAUAGUUGACAUACUUGAAGAGUCUUUAACAAAAGAUAUAGACCAAUUGCGUCAACAAGUUUUGGCCAAUACGAAGCAAAUGGUAGAGAUUUGGAAAAGUCAAUCUAAGAUAGAGAAAAGGUUCGAAAAAACACUUACAGAAUUUAAAGAGAUAUUUAAAAAGGACAACCCUUUUCCGAAGUCUAACCCUUCGAAUAUGAAAGAAAGGAUUGAACUAUAAGACGGAUUUUUAAAAUCUAUAUGCAUACUUAAUGGUUCACUAACUUGAUGUAUUUGCUUUUUUAUGGAAAUCAUCAAUAGUGAUUGGAUAGUUUUUUUUUUUAUUAACUUGAUAGAAGAACCUAGGUGAAUUUUUCAAUUCUAAAAAUUAUUUGAUUAACUGAAGCCUGACUUUAUCUUUUGUACAAAUACUGUACUGUACUGUAGUAUGAGAAGUAAAUUAAACUAAAAAUAAAUAAUUUUGCAACAUCUACAAGUA